AUGUAUGCUGUGACUGGUAGUGAUGAGGAUGACUGUUACCAGUGUUUCCCGCCCGACCCGGGCAUUGGUACUGCCGCGUCAGGUACUAGUGAGGCUGCUGCUCUAGGUGCCAGUGCGUCUGUGCUUUCAGGUACUGGUGAGUCCGCCCUCUCAGGUACUGUGUCGGCUUCGGCCUCUCACACCUUCACCCUUGACUCUGGAGCGUCUCGCUCCUUCUUUAGGGACCGCACCACUCUCACGCCGCUGAGUCGGCCUGUUGCGGUGUCCCUGGCGGACCCCUCUGGGGGGCCUGUCCUGUCUCGCUUCUCCACUGUCCUCCCGUGUCCGGCGGCCCCCUCUGGCACCCUGACUGGUCUCUACCUCCCCUCGUUCUCGACGAACUUGGUGAGUGGUGCUGACCUCCAGGAUGCAGGUGUCCACCAGUUCACCCCUGCUCGUCAGCGGGUGACCCACUGUACGGAGGCGGAUACGGGUCGCCACCUGGCCACGUUUACACGUCGGCCGGGGUCGAGCCUGUACACACUGACCACUGCUUCUCCUCCAGGUACUGCGUCUGGUAGGGCCCCUUCGUCUGGUCAGGUGUUUGCUGCAGCGUCCAGGUCUGGUCCUGAGUCUGCCCCUUGUUCGUGUCGUCGUCUGUCUCACGAGACCCUCCUCUGGCACCACCGCCUUGGCCACCCCUCUCUGCUUCGGCUCAGAGGCAUGGCCUCGCGGGUCCUUGUGUCUGGUCUUCCCCGGUCCCUCCCUCCCCUUCCUCCGGGCCCUGGCCCUGCCUGUGUCCCCUGUGUCGAGGGGCGCCAGCGUGCUGCCCCUCACUCCUCCCAGUUUCCUCCGACAGAGGCCCCGUUGCAGACGCUUCACAUGGACGUGUGGGGCCCAGCCCGCGUCCGUGGACAGGGUCAGGAGAGCUACUUCCUGCUGGUGGUUGACGACUACUCGCGUUACACCACAGUCUUCCCCUUGCGCAGCAAGGGUGAGGUCACUCAGGUGUUGAUCGACUGGAUCCGCGCAGCUCGUCUUCAGCUUCGGAGAAGCUUUGGCUCUGACUUCCCUGUCUUGCGUCUGCACUCGGACAGAGGCGGAGAGUUCUCCUCUGCCCUCCUGAGUGCCUACUGUCGUGUGCGAGGCAUCCGUCAGACCUUCACGCUUCCGGACUCACCACAGCAGAAUGGGAUCGCCGAGCGCCGCAUUGGCAUGGUCAUGGACGUCGCUCGUACGUCCAUGAUGCAUGCGGCUGCUCCCCAUUUUCUGUGGCCGUUUGCGGUCAGGUACGCUGCGCACCAGAUCAACCUCCACCCCAGGGUCUCUCGACCGGAGACCUCCCCAGCUCUGUUGUGGACGGGGAAGGUUGGCGAUGCGUCGGCGUUCCGGGUCUGGGGAUCUCGGGCGUUUGUUCGCGACCUGUCUGCGGACAAGCUGUCCCCUCGUGCUUCUCCCUGCGUCUUCCUCGGGUUCCCCCCCGACGCCCCUGGGUGGCAGUUUUACCACCCCACCUCUCGACGUGUUCUGUCCUCCCAGGACGUCACGUUCGACGAGUCGGUACCCUACUACCGCCUCUUCCCCUACCGCACUCCGUCCCUCCCCCCACCCCCGCUCUUCUUGGUACCAGGUCCCCCCCCAGUGGUCCCCCUCCCCCCUCAGGGUCCUGCCCCUUCAGGUGUGUCUCAGGUAGACGCGGUCGAGCCUGUCGAGGUCACUGGUGACUCUGGUGCUGCUGCGGGAGCUGAGCCUGGGGGUGCGGAGUCUAGGGGUGCUGAGCAUGGGGAUGCUGAGCCUAGGGGUGCGGAGUCUGGGGGUGCUGAGCCUGGGGGUGCUGAGCCUGGGGGUGCUGUGCUUGGGGGUGCUGUGCCUGGGGGUGCUGUGCCUGGGGGUGCUGUGCCUGGGGGUGCUGUGCCUGGGGGUGCUGAGCCUGGGGGUGCUGUGCCUGGGGGUGCUGUGCCUGGGGGUGCUGAGCCUGGGGGUGCUGAGCCUGGGGGUGCUGAGCCUGGAGGUGCCGAGCCUGGAGGUGCCGAGCCUGGAGGUGCUGUGCCUGGGGGUGCUUCGUCUCGCCGGGAGCCGCUCUCUCCACAGGAGCUGCGUGAGUGGUUUGCCCGGCGCUGGAGGCGUGCCGCUGGUUCUGGUGGUUCUUCGACUGCGGAGGGCGCUGCUGCCACGCGACCUGGCGGUGCUCGUCCUGUGGGUGCUGGAGCUGCUGGGUCUGAGGGUUCUCCUGGAGCUGGUCCUGCUGAGGACGUUGGCGCUGAGCCUGCGGUUGGUGGUCCGACUGACGGUGCUCCUGGUGCUGCUGCUGGAGGUUCUGGAGCUUCUGGUGGUUCUGCUGGAGGUGCUGCUGGAGUGGGUGCUCCGGCCGGAGCUGCUGGUUCUGUUCCUGCUGUUUCUGGCGUCGCCGCGCGGUCUCGACCGUACUUCGUUCCGCUCCUGGAGCAGGUUCUUGGUCUUGCUCCUCCUCCUCCUCCCUUAGAGGGUCCGCAGCCUGCCCGGUCACAGCCACAGCUAGAGCCUGCCUCCCCUUUGCCUGCUCCUUCUCCCUACACUGGUCCGACUGGAGGCCUUACUGAGCGUCGUGAGCCUGCGUCUCGUCCUGCGUCGCCUGUUCGUACUGAGCGCGCUAGUGGUCGCGGGUCGCGUCAGCGUCCUCCUCCUGUCCCUGGGACGCACCGGAUGUCACUGCGUCCGUCCACUGCUCCUCUGCGUGCCCCUUUGCCUUCUCCUCCUGCUUCCUCUCUUCCUGCUCUUGCCGACCCGGAGUCGGACUCUCUUCGUGCUGCCAGUCCUACUGUCACGCGUCUCCUUGCUACUGCUGUCACUGACCCUUCCUUCGAGUCGUCUGCUGCGUCUGCCCUUGUCACUGAGCUUGUCGACUUUGCUGCGCGCUGUCGUCUAGACUACGCUGCUCGUCUUGUCGCUGAGUCUGAGUCCGCCUGUCCUCCGUCCGUCGGGGGUGAGUGUGCCCUUGGCACGGACGUCCUAGAGGACAGGCAGGAGGAGUUCCAGUGUCUAGCCGCUGCUUCACCUCGUCUCGCGUCUGUACUGCUAGCCCCUGAGGGAGACCCGGAUGCACUAGACAUCUCGACUCCGCGUUCUUACGCGGAGGCCGUAGAGGGUCCCUACUCCUCUCAGUGGCAGGCAGCUAUGGAUGCAGAGAUGGCUUCCUGGAAGUCCACAGGCACCUACGUUGACGCGGUUCCCCCUCCUGGGGCGAACAUCGUCAGUGGCAUGUGGAUCUUCAGGGUGAAGCGGCCGCCGGGCUCGCCGCCUGUCUUCAAGGCGCGUUACGUGGCUCGUGGCUUCAGUCAGCGGCAGGGAGUUGACUACUUUCAGACCUUCUCUCCCACCCCGAAGAUGACCACUCUUCGGGUGCUGCUGCACAUUGCCGCUCAGCGCGACUACGAGCUUCACUCUCUCGACUUCAGCACUGCGUUCCUGCAGGGUAGCGUGCACGAGGAGAUCUGGCUGCGCCGUCCGCCUGGCUUCACUGGGACUUUCCCUCCUGGCACCCAGUGGAGCCUCCGACGGCCAGUCUACGGUCUCCGCCAGGCACCGCGUGAGUGGCACGACACACUGAGGACUACGCUUGCGGCUCUUGGGUUUGCUCCUUCUACUGCUGACCCGUCGCUGUUUCUUCGCACCGACACUUCCCUGCCGCCGUUCUACAUCCUCGUGUACGUCGACGACUUGGUCUUUGCCACAGCGGACACUGCUGGACUCGCUUACGUGAAGUCCGAGCUGCUGAAGAGACACACGUGCACUGACCUGGGUGAACUGCGCAGCUACCUUGGCUUGCAGAUCACUCGGGACAGAGCACGCCGCACCAUUACCCUGACUCAGUCACACAUGGUGCAGCAGGUCCUUCAGCGCUUCGGCUUCACGUACUCCUCGCCUCAGGCCACUCCUCUGCCUACUCGCCACUCACUCUCAGCUCUUCCUUCGGAUGAGUCCGUAGAGUCGAGUGGUCCGUAUGCAGAGCUUGUUGGCUGCCUCAUGUACCUGAUGACCUGCACACGACCUGACCUUGCAUACCCUCUGAGCAUCCUUGCACGCUAUGUUGCUCCUGGGAGACACCGACCAGAGCACAUGGCUGCAGCGAAGAGGGUAUUGCGCUACCUGUGCAGUACGUCGGGCAUGGGGCUAGUGCUUGGAGGGCGGAGUCCAGUGGUCCUUACUGGGCACGCAGACUCUUCUUGGGCUGACGACCAGGCUACGCAGCGGUCGUCACAGGGUUACACCUUCAGCCUUGGUUCCGGCUCUGUCUCGUGGCGGUCUACUCGCUCGUCUUCGGUUCUCGGCUCCAGUUGUGAGGCUGAGAUCUACGCCGGGGCCAUGGCUGCACAGGAGCUUCGCUGGCUCACCUACCUGCUGACUGACCUUGGAGAGCUGCCUCGUUCUCCUCCAGUGCUGUACGUAGACAACAAGGCCAUGUUGGCCUUGUGUCGAGAGCAGCGCUUGGAGCACAGAACGAAGCACAUUGCUCUCCGCUACUUCCUUGCUCGUGAGCUGCAGCAGCGUGGUCAGUUGCGACUUGCUUACAUUAUUAUAGCUGAUGCAUGUUUGUAG